AUGGGGCUUUUGGUGGGGAAGGACUGGCCGGUUAACCGGGCGGUGAAUGGCGCAGGUAUAUCAGAGGUAGGUGCCGCGCCCAACUCCCCUCAGUGGCGCAAGACCUGCAGCUCCAACAGUGGAUCCUGCAAUGGACACCUCAUGAGGACAGAAGCCAGCACUGUGAUGUCACAGCUCAGCUGCCGCUUUGUGCUCCUGGAGCUGUCGAGUGGUGAGGGGCAAUGCCGGAGGCCGUGGGCACAGGCCAGGAGGCUGAGCCUGAGCAAUACCGGUGACAAGGACAGGGACCUGCACGUGCUGUUCCAGGAACUCUGCCAACUCCAGGCAAAACAGAGGAAGCUGAAGAGAGGUCAUAAGGUUUGUGAAGACUAUCUGAUCAAGGUCUUGAGAAAGUCCCCAAGGGUACGCUACAACCAAGGGGAGGAGCCAGAGGAAGCCCCGGUGGGGGCCAUGGCGGAGCACUGUGGGAAGUUCUUCGCAGUCAGCCAGGACGUCCAGAAGCACCUGGAGGCCUUCUUCAAGAUGAGCCAGGCCGUCCACCAAAGCCUGGAGUGUCUAGAGGGAGGCCACAGGGCUCUUAUCCUGAGCCUCAAGAUCCGGCUGUGCCAGCUGCAGAAGAAGUGUCACCGCAAGCAGGAGAAGUGGUGGCAGCUGGAACGUGGUGUCACCUGCCAGAAAGACACAGGCAGCUGGGAUGUGAGAAGUAAGGUUGCUGAUCACAGCCCUGAAGGCCUGAAGUCCACAACUCUGGAGCUUCCCAAAAGCCAGCUGCUAAACUGCAUGCAAAUGGCCAUCAACAGCAUGGCCCAGCAGUGCUGCGCCUCUGCCCACGGCGUGCCCAAGGGCACGGGUCUCUUCUCCAAGCUCGACCUCAUCCGGGAAUUUAUGUUGGACAAAAUGGAUACUGUGAGAUUCAUCUCACUGCUCAGGGGACCCAAAGUGUGCUGGACAGCAGACAACCCCAAGGACUGGGGCCUCAGAAGGUACCCCAGACCAUUCAGAAAACAUUCAAAGAGUCAAGAUUCGAUCCUCGGGAUCCCCUUUCCUAGCACCCAGACUUCAGAGUGCUCCAGCCUGCACUGACACAGCCCAGGGCCACCAGCCCUGCCAGCAUCACGA